AUGUUUUGUGAUUUUGCAGAAACGCAACACUGGUUUGAUCAGAAGGUUCCUUCCAUCGGAUAUAAGGAUUUGAUUACCCUUACCAAACUUCAUGCUGGGGAGGGAUUUAUGGUGAAUGGAGAAGUCAUAGUUGCUGUCAAUGUUGAUGUUCUUGAAGUUGUAGGUAAAUUAGAAGAAUCUUCACCGGUAAUGGAAACCAUAGAUGUCAAUGGGUUUCAAGUUCUUCCUUCACAGGUGGACUCUGUGGACCGUUUGUUUGGAAGACACCAAGAUAUUGCAUCAAAAUUUCGUCCGAAGAAUCCAUAUAUGAAGACGGCAUACAUGAAUGUCCUCCUAAGCUUAACUCAGUCGCUGUGUCAAUCCCCUAAGGAAAUCUCAAAGGAUGAUCUUGCAGAUAAAUAUGCUGCUCUUUCAUACUUGAAAGAAGCGGGGUUCGAAUUGUGUUGGUUGGAGAAGAAACUUGAUGGAAUAAAGGAGAAGAAGGAGAAAGAAGAGGCUUGUUUGGCACGUCUUCAAGAAAUGAAGGACCAACUUCAGCCAUUGAAGCGGAAGUACACAGAAUUAGAAGCUGAAAUAGAUAACGUGGAGGCCGAGUUGUUGGCAGCUAGAGCUCCUGAUCUCUCUUUGUACGGUGACAGUGUUGUCUGA